UUUCGCAGAGCCACGUAAACAAAUGUGCUACUCCCACUGAUGCUACUGUCCUCGGCACAACAGGAAGCAGGAACAGCAUAAACAUGCACAUUUCUGCACUUAAUCAAAUGCAAAUCUGAGUUACAAACAAGCGAGGAAUGCCUCUGCGAAGGUUUUCACUGUAAGAUGUCUAUGGUCCUCUUUGCCUCAGUGGUGCGGGUGAGGGACGGCCUGCCCCUCUCUGCCUCUACCGACUAUGAACAGGACAAAGGGCUGCAAGAGACCAAGAAGCACCUCAAGAGCCUGUCCAAAAAACUCAGCCAGUUUCCUGACCGCUGCUCUCUUAAGACUGGCCAGUACAAUGUGAAUUUCACCAGCUCUCUGGGAGUGGGCUACCUGAUGGUAUGCACAGAAAACUACCCCAAUGUCUUGGCGUUCUGCUUCCUGGAUGAGUUACAGAGAGAGUUCCUUGUCACAUACGACACCAAGCGCAUUAACAGCGCUGUCAGGCCCUACUCCUUCAUUGAGUUUGACAACUUCAUUCAGAAGACCAAGCAGCGGUACAACAGCCCACGUUCCCUUUCCACAAAGAUCAAUCUGGCUGACAUGCAGACAGAGAUCAAGCUGCGGCCCCCGUACCAGCUCUCUCCUGAAGACCUGAGCUUGAUCAAUGGCUUUUCUCACAGCACUUCUUCCAAAUAUAAAGGCAUAGCUCCAAAUCAAACACUGGAGCCUGUCACCUUGCCAGGCAUAGUGGCAUGUGUCCUAACUGUUCUGUGUGGUGCACUCAACUUACUGCGUGGAGUCCAUGCCAUAGAAAGCAUAUUGCAGAACGAGGAUGAAGACUUUAAUUAUGUAAUUGCCUUUUUCCUGGGAACGGCUGCCUGUCUAUAUCAGUGUUACUUAUUUGCAUACUUCUCGGUCUGGAGGAACAUCAAGUCAUUCCUGGCCUUUGCUCUCAUCUGCCUGUGCAACAUGUACCUCUACGAACUGCGCAACAUGUGGCAGAUCCUCUUCCACGUCACAGUCGGGGCGUUCAUCACUCUGCAGAUCCAUUUAAGGCAGCCACAAGGCAAAGCUCCUGACUACAAUGUCUGAACACUUGUAUACACACACACACACACACCGCACAGUCCCCAAAAGACUAAAUGAUGAUAUUGUAAUGUUGGCCCUGUGUUUUGGGACUAUGGGAGACCAUGAUCAUUAAAAAAAGACUGUAGAAUCAACAGCUCAGGAUCCAACAGCAGUUUAAUUACUCUGACAGUUAUACUGUAAUAUGUUCACUGGUUCUGUGUUUUGUUGCAAUCCAUAAAUCUCAAAUCGAUUAUCAGGCAUUUAUUUGCGUUCUUUGUUAAUUGAUAUUUUUAAAUAAAGGGUGUGAUUAUAGAUUA